CUCUUUUUUUCUUUUAUUAGUGUCCCUCAUAGACGUCUCGCGCAAAUGUUUUACGAUCAUGUUGAUGGCUGCGAAAUAUCCUUAGAAUGGCUUUUAUUCUAUUAAAUGGUCAAUUGGCACUCCUCGCCUUGCUAAUACGCGCACCAGGUUUGUGAUGGGUGAACGCAAGCCUUGGGCUGCAGAUAUUGCAUUCCCAGCACGCCUGCUCGUCUUGUAUUGUUUCCAAGCAGCGCGUCCGCGUUUUUUUGCCGCAAUGCUCGUUAACCUCCCAAUGACCCCGCUCGCAGAUUCAGUGCAAACAGUUGCGCCAGAGGAUGGCGCACCACGACAACGCAAAGUUCGCCCUGAGCUAGCGAGUCCUCCUCAUCCCCACCCCGCGUGAGUUUACCUCCGGAGGUCACCAAGCAGGAUUUACGACUGGUCAACAAAAGCACGUGAUACUCCGCCGUACCCCAUAUUUGGGUGCCUACGUAAGAGAGAAUCAAGUCCAUGGCCCACUCAUUUCCAUAAUUCAUCAUAAAUUGUGCAAGGCUGCUAUAGGACGCGCUAAAGCAUAAGAGCCACAAAUCAAGCACGCUUGCUUGAUGCUUUUCUCCUCUUGCAAUAAUAACAAUAAUACGCGUAAAACAGCAGCGAUACACAGCGAGUGGAGGAAUUGUCAACAAAUGAGCUCCUAUUUUGUGAACUCAUUCUGCGGUCGCUAUCCCAAUGGCGCGGACUUCCAGUUACAUAAUUAUGGAGAGCAUAGUUCGGCCGACGAGCAAUACAGCGACUCCACGGCCAUGCACUCCGGCAGGUACGGUUAUGGCUAUAACGGAAUGGACUUGAGCGUCGGCCGGCCCGCCACCGGACACUUUGUGGCCAACGAGCGCACGGCCGCCUUCUCUCCGAGCCACUCGACGGCCGCCACCCCCUCGGCGGAGCCGGUCAGGUACACUCAGCCCGUCGCCAGCAGCUCCGCCAACUCGGCUCUGUCCCCCGCGCCUGACCCGAUCCCGUGCUCGUCCUCGGUGGCCGGCUCCACGCAGGUCAGCGAGUCUCGUACCCAGCACCGAGCCGUGAAAAACUCACUUCCGAGCCCGGGCCCGUGCUCCGGCUCCGGCGGGGGCAAUCUGCUGCACGCUCGGGACUGUGCGCCCAAAGGGUCCCCCUUGGACGAAGAGAAGCCCACGGGAAGCGCGCCCGGCACGCCACAGAAUGCCAGCGACCCGACCCAGCCUCAGAUAUAUCCGUGGAUGAGGAAACUGCACAUAAGUCACGAUCUGUCCGGUCCAGAGGGCAAGCGUGCCCGGACCGCCUAUACCCGCUACCAGACCCUGGAACUGGAAAAGGAGUUCCACUUCAACCGCUACCUGACCCGCAGGCGGAGGAUCGAGAUCGCGCACGCCCUGUGCCUCUCGGAGAGACAAAUCAAAAUCUGGUUCCAGAACCGCAGGAUGAAGUGGAAGAAGGACAACAAGCUGAAGAGCAUGAGUAUGGCUGCAGGCGCGGGGGGCUACAGGCCUUGAUUAUCACCCCCCCGACCCCCCCACUACCCCAAGCCACCCACCCCACUCAUCAUCACCCCUGCUAAGGAGUGAGACAAAAAUAAAAGUUAUGUCAUAACUCUUGGAGGUGCAGAGACAUGGCUAGCCAACAUUUCCAUUUAAAGUGGUCAUUUUAAAUGUACAUUUCUGCUUAGAUUUAGACAAAACGGUGAAAUAAAUGUUGGUUUAAAUUAUUUCUUGUUCAGACAAAAAAGAAGGGAGAAAAUGCUACCUAUUAACCAGCGAAUGCACUCAAUGUACACUCAGCUUACUUGUUUCGCUCCAUUUUCUGUGUACCUACAGUAUAUUAUGUGUAUUGUAUUUAUUUGUGUGGUGUAUAUUGCGAUAAAAGCUGCCAAAAGUCUGCAAAGUGUUUGUACGUGUGCGUACAUAUAGCUGCGCAUUGUAAUUUGAAUUGCUUUCCACAAAUAUUUUCUUCUUUUUUUUUGUCAUUCGUUUAAAAUCCGCGCGUAUAUAACUCCGUGGUGUCAAACUUUUUUUUGUAAAUGUUUUUUAAAAAACUGGAAGUCAAGAAUGUACUGUAAAGACAUUGUUGCUGUUCAUCAUGACAAUUAUAAUAAACUUUUUACUGGAA